UUAAAAUAGUGUUUACUGUUGCGUAUGAAUACAAAAGGACACUAUCACAAUGGAGUUAUAUUAAAGAGAGAAACUAUGAUGCUGUAGCAAAGAUUUGACAAAAAGGAAGAAAAUGGCACAAAAGCCAGACAACCGUGCCAAUUUAUUUCGUUUACAAAUCAUCAUCAUAGAUGGAGGCCUCCUUGUUCUACGAAAUAUGAUUGACCAGAACCUGCUUGCUCAAGGCGUAACUUUAAGUGCAUGUUUGAAUAACGGAAAGGCAACAAUUACACGUCUGAAAAGCCGCGGCGUUAUAACACAGGUGCAAUAUGACUUGUUGUUCCCAACGGGUGGUCAUGUCCCAACUACGUCAGAGAUGGACUUCACGCUAAUCGUCUGUCUUCUAAGAUGCUUGAAAUGUUUUGGAUUGAAUAAAAAAUUCGACUGGAACACAACACCUAUUUCAGGCGAUUUAACAGUUGAGGCAGAUAUAUGUCGAUUAAAAGCUUAUCGAAAUCAAAUAUGUCAUCUACCUACAACAACUGGAGUACAACCCAAUGAUUUUGUAACUUGGUGGAAUGACAUUGAGCAGAUACUUGUUCGACGAAGUUCUCCUUCUCUGAACAUCCAGCAAGCAAUUGCCGAUUUCAAAAACUGUCCUCUAGAUCCAGAGAAAGAGAAAAGGUUACAAGAAGAAAUAACAAAGUUGAAAGACUAUCAAGCCGAUGUUAAUCGAUUGAAUAAGGAAAUUGAACAAGUGCAAAGAGAUGUUAGUGAAGUGAAGAAAGACGUAAAAGAAAAAAUGACUGAAGUGGAGAAAAAACUCGAGAAUAUAGAAAAACGACAAGAUGCUGGUAUUUUUUUUAAUUUGUGGUCGUUUAUAUUGUCAUAAAUAUUGUUUGUACAACAUCUCUUAAAUGAUACUGAUUAAAAUGACAAUAAAUACAUGUUUGCAUAUCUGACAGACUGGUGUAGAUAAAAAUAUGACAAAAAAUUAAUACCUUGUAAAGAAAUAAAAAUUUGUUAAUGGAAUAUACUGCAAUGUUUGAAAGUUAACUCGUUUAUUGACAAUAUAUAGUUUUAUACGACUUUGAAAUUAUAUAUCUAAAAUUAAUCAAGAUAUAUACUGAAAAAUUGUGUAUCUAUUUGACAAC